GCCGCCGGGUGUCGCUGCUCCGCGAUCUUGUUUAUUGACAUCUUGUCCGCAAAUUGUUUGCGUUUUGCUUCGCCGUCCGUGUUCAUUGCGCUCUCGGCGAACGGGAAAAACGCGGAAAAGCGGCGGCCCCUUGCUGUCAAAAUGGCGACGGACGCAGGCAGCGGCAACUCGGCGGCCGAGAUCGUGCGGGGUCAGGCCUUCGAGGUGGGCCCGCGCUACACCAACCUGGCCUACAUCGGCGAGGGCGCCUACGGGAUGGUCGUGUCCGCUUACGACAACCAAACCAAGACCAAAGUGGCGAUCAAGAAGAUCUCGCCAUUCGAGCACCAGACCUACUGUCAGCGCACGCUGCGUGAGAUUAAAAUCCUGACCAGGUUCAAACAUGAAAAUAUCAUAGACAUUCGAGACAUUUUGAGAGCGCCGACCAUCGACCAGAUGAAAGAUGUGUAUAUAGUUCAGUGCCUGAUGGAAACAGACCUGUAUAAACUUCUUAAAACGCAGAGGUUAAGCAACGACCAUGUUUGCUAUUUCCUUUACCAAAUACUUCGCGGACUGAAAUACAUCCACUCGGCCAACGUGCUACACAGAGACUUGAAGCCGAGCAAUUUGCUUCUGAACACUACUUGUGAUCUAAAAAUUUGUGACUUUGGUCUCGCCCGAGUUGCUGAUCCAAGCCACGACCACACAGGAUUUUUGACUGAAUACGUAGCUACUAGGUGGUACCGUGCUCCUGAAAUCAUGCUUAACUCUAAGGGCUACACAAAAUCUAUAGAUAUCUGGUCAGUGGGUUGCAUUCUCGCAGAAAUGCUCUCAAACAGACCCAUUUUCCCGGGGAAGCACUACCUGGACCAACUGAACCACAUCUUAGGUGUUCUUGGUUCGCCGACCGAAGCCGACCUGGAGUGUAUCAUUAACGAGAAAGCUAGAAGUUACCUUCAAUCAUUACCAUAUAAGCCGAAAGUUCCAUGGACAAAGAUUUUCCCCAACGCCGACCCGAAGGCUCUUGACCUUCUAGAUAAAAUGCUGACGUUCAAUCCCCACAACCGCAUCGAAGUUGAAAGCGCCUUGGCCCAUCCCUACUUAGAGCAGUAUUAUGACCCAGCUGAUGAGCCUGUUGCUGAAGAGCCAUUCCGCCUGGCUAUGGAGCUUGACGACUUGCCAAAAGAGCAGCUGAAAGCACUUAUCUUCCAGGAGACCCUGGCCUUCAAAGAGACCCAUCAGGACAAUGAUGCGUAAUCAGGUAGAAGCCGAGAGCGCUCUUUCUAAAAUUGCCCUUUCAAACCACCGCGAGGGUUGUGGUUUUAGAAGUCGCGUGUGUAACACAAAGCGCUUACGAUUAGACUGGGCUGGUUCCAUCUCGUUGUAACUUUUGUCAUUUGUCUCGUCCCGCCGUCAACAUUCCAUAGAAGUUUUUUCCAAGUGGGACGCUCCAAUGAAAAAUAACAAUUAUAUUAAUGCCACACCAAUGGUUGUUGAUGUUUGCGCAGCCAUACAAUUCAUGCAUGCAUUUUUUAUUAUGAGUGUUUUCAACUUUGCAGUCAAUGUCUAUACCAAUUGAUGAAACUUACUCCCCAGUUGUGCUGACGUUCAGUUUGUUGGCGUCUCAAUUUUUGCUUUCCAAAUUACGGCCUAAAACACGCACUUAAAUGUGAGUAAAUUUGUUUCCAUUGUCGCAUCAUUAAGAUUACACGUUAUUCAACUCUUCAUCGUUCGGUAAAAGUGUUUGUUCAAGUCGAAUGUUCCACACACGCAGUAUUCAAUUAAGCUCAAAAUGUGAGUCUUUGAUUUUUGUGUCGUUGAACCGAUUUAUCGCCGUUGAGAAGAAAAAAAAUUAAGACUUUCCUACGAUAUAUUGUCAGAGGCAAUAAUGUAUUAUUCAACCUAGUUGUGGUUCUAAUGGCAUUCUUUAGUCAUAAAUGUUGUAUUCAUCAUCAUAUAAAAAGAUUCAAUAAAAUCGUAUUUCUAAGACAAUGCAACAACA